CCAAAGGUUUGAACGACCGAACGUUCAUUUUAAACACCUAUGACUUACAGUCUACGUUGUCGAUUAUACAAACGAUGCGUCGUAUUAGUACCAUCGAGAUACUUCACAAAUUGCAUAUGUGAUCGCUCAGCGCCUCACCGAGUCGAACUCAGCGUUGAUGAAGCGGUCUGCUACUCCUCUUCAUUUCCUUGCCGCUGCGGCCACCGACACUACUAUCAUGUCUUCUCGCCCUUAUCGAGGUGGUAGAAAGCAAUGGGGAAGAGGCUUCUCCGACCGUCCGUACGACGGCGGAAGAGACCAGCAAAUCGUAACAGGAGACUCUCACUUCCGCUCAGUACGAGAAGCCAAUUUAGGAAUCCGUCAAGCAGGAGGCCGAGGUUUUAAUCCACGAUGGCAAUCUUACGAUCAAAGCCGGCAGCUUCCCCGAUCUCCACAUUGCAAUGCAAACCAACAGUUUCGGCAACCUCCACCGUUCAUUCAGAAUCAGACCAAUCAGUUCCGUCAAUCUCCGCGGAUUGAUCAGAAUCAAGCUUUUCGACCGCGUCUUCCUAAGCCCUUGGAUUACCGGGAUUGGGAGUACGCAAAAACGGCGCCGCCUUCUGAUUCUGAAAAGUUUAUUGUUCUUUCCUAUAAUAUACUAGCUGACUAUCUCGCUAUCAACCAUCGGAGCAAACUUUACUUUCACAUACCUCGCCGUAUGUUAGACUGGGAAUGGAGAAAGAGAAGUAUACUUUUUGAGCUUGGCUUAUGGUCGGCUGAUAUAAUGUGUUUUCAGGAGGUUGAUAGAUUUCAGGAUUUGGAAGAGGAGUUGAAGCUACGGGGCUAUUGUGGCAUUUGGAAGAUGCGGACUGGGAAUGCAGUUGAUGGUUGUGCAAUCUUUUGGAGAACAUCAAGAUUCAAGUUGCUCUAUGAAGAAUCCAUUGAGUUCAAUAAGCUUGGACUUCGUGAUAAUGUUGCUCAGAUUUGUGUGCUAGAGAAGUUAACAAGUAAAAAUUGCACUGAAAACUCGUCAUCUCUAUCUACAAGUUCAGCAGGUUCUGAUAAAGUUGUGAUGUGUAACAUUCAUGUUCUUUACAAUCCCAGAAGAGGAGAAAUUAAGCUUGGUCAGGUCAGGACACUCCUUGACAGGGCAUAUGCUGUUUCAAAAAUGUGGAAUGCACCGGUUGUUAUUUGUGGUGAUUUUAACUGUACUCCAAAGAGUCCAUUGUACAACUUUAUCUCAGAACAGAAGUUAGAUUUGACUGGAAUUGAUCGAGAUAAAGUAUCAGGACAAGCUUCUGCUGAAAUACGUGCUCCAAGGCCAUUUAACUCAAAUCACAAUCCUAACCCCAAUACCAGGAUUGAUUCUUCCUACAACUCAAUUCAAGCUCCUCUGGUGGUGAAUAACAAGCUGGAAGAUUCUCUAUCAGUCAUACAGAAGCAGAAUGACUUAGGUAAAUCCGAGGAGAUUAUUCUUUCUAGUGACAACCACUUGCCAGAUGCAUCUGAUAUGUCAUGUACAGUCCAGCAGUGUGGAAGUGUAAACAGUGGAAUGUGUCUGAAAAAAACAAAAGAAACUCAGCAAGAUGUGAUAGGCAGUUGCAAGGAAGAUACUGAGUCCACUAUCUCAGUUUUGGCUGAUAGCUUUGACAAAAAUCUAGCUAUAUCUCAUACUGAGAACAAACUUUCCGUUGAUCAACCGGACGAGAAGAUUCAUAUGUUAAGUGUUACAGUAACUUCCCAUCCUGAAGACGCAUAUCCUGAUGAGAAUGAAAUGGGACAGAAAAGCUCUCCUUCUCUUUCUAAUGAAGGUUGCUUAACUGAACAUUCCCAUGCUGAUAUUUAUAUAGAAAAUAAAAGCACAGACUUUGGUAAUCAUGUACAUUCUGUUGAAGUCUCUUCUGUGGAGAGCUUCAGAUAUCUAUCAUCCCAGCCGGUUGUGGUGCAUGAUAACACUGACCUUUCAGUCCCCUGUCACACGAAUAUGUCAAGUGUAUUUACAAGUGACUGUGAAGGAGACAAGAAACUGGAGGAUGCAUCUUCUCAAGAGCUAAAUGACUUCCAACUGGCUAGUGGAAUUAUAGGUGAAGAUCAAAAUAAAUUUUUAUCUAGGCUACAUGAUGCAGAAGAUUCGUUGCUUCUGGCCUUUGGUCAAAAUCAAAGUAAACAAUCAUUUUUGGUGAACUCCCAGAAUGAAUUUCCUUUUGAUCUAAAUGGUUCUGUUUUGCAUUCACCUAGUAAUGAAGUUCUUGAUGAUAUUUCCUUGGACCUGGAUUCUGAGGCUGCUACAGUGGACAAAACUAUGUAUGAUCCAUCAUUGUGGACUCCUGUGGAAAUAGCAACUGCCACUGGCAGCAUAGACAACAUCUGUCUGGAACAUCCUUUAAAGCUUAAAAGUGCAUACACAGAAGUUCAGGACUGUUCAGGGACAAGAGACCCAAAUGGAGAACCCUUGGUGACCAGUUACAAUAGGUGUUUCUUUGGCACAGUUGAUUACAUAUGGUUUUCUGAAGGACUCCAGACUAACAGGGUUCUUGCUCCAAUACCAAAACAUGCUAUGCAAUGGACACCAGGAUUUCCAACAAAGAAAUGGGGUAGUGAUCAUAUUGCCUUGGCUUCUGAGUUGGCAUUCACGAAAGAUACAACAGACAACAGCAUAGAAGUACAGUAGAAAGAUUGGUAUUGUGAUUUGCAAUCAGGUUAACUCUCAGCCCUAGUCUCUCCCGUUAUGUGCAAAUCAUCACGUGAUAGUUUUGGGUCAGUGUUAUUCUUGUACAAUUCCUUGUAUAUAUUAUUCCAUGGCUGAAAUUUUGAUUUCUUUAGGAUUUUUAGUUAGAAGACAUUUUAACGAGUUCUCAUCAUUUUAAGUUUUGCUUGUAUCGUACAAUUCAUGCAAAGUAGUAGAUAAAAAAUUGUGCCUAGUUCGUUAAACU